AUGACCUGUCGUCACACCCCUUCCACAGCCCACCUCAUCCUAUUGGUCCUGCUCAUUGUCACUCCGCAGCUGGCUGGCACCGCCCCUGCGAGGGGUGAAGGAGGGGAGGGAGGGGUGGAGGGGCGCACCCGGACAGAUCGCAAAGAGGACAGCCUCACCCCCUUCCUCUCGCUCCCACCCCCUGGUCUCCCCAGCCCCAUCACGCAGCCAGACCAGGUGCAGGGCCAGGGUCAAGAUAACCUCUCAGAUAAACCAAGGGACCCUGCCCGGGUGCUAGCCAUUCUACUGGAGGCCCUGGACCACACGGGGGAGAGCGAAAUUCAGGAGAGCAGAAACGGAUACUGGGCAGAGGGUCAGAGUGAGGAGCCGCUCUCCAUGGAUAGCUUGGAGGAUGGCGAGAUAAGGAGAACAGGGAAGACAGAAGGAGAUAGGAGGGUUGAAAAAGAGAAGGAAGGGGGAGGGGUUGAGAAGGCCAUCGAACAGCUAACGGUAGGCCAUUUGGCAGCUGCUCAGGGUGCUGACCUAAAGAACGGGGAGGAAGAUGAUGAAAACACAAGGUCAGAGGAAGAUCAAGGCUGGUUGGUGGAGGAUACCGGGGUUCCUGGUGACAGUGUAAGUAAGGAGGCAGGAAAACAAGAGGAAGAGGGGCAGGAGGAGGGAAACAAUUUUACAGGUUUCACAGAGAAGCCCAGACCCGGCUCCAUCUCACAAGGAGAUGAGCUCUCUCUGCAGCGCAAAAUAAGAGGCUACUUCCAAAACAUUGACUUGGGUCUCCAAGAUAAUGAGAUCCUGCCUCCUCUGAAGGGCUACAAGGCAUACAACACUCAGCUCGCACGUGCAGGAAAGAAACUGCACUGGCAGGAGGAGCAGGUGCGCAACAGACCCAUCCAGGGGGGCAACUUCAUGGACGACUUUGAGAACGAGGGAGAGGAGCUGGAGGAGGAGGUUGAGGAAGAAGAGGAGACCCUCUCCCACAUGGAGGAGGAGGCGAGAGCCCGUGCAGAGAAGCAAGAGGUGCUCAGGCAGCAGGAGGAGGCGGAGCGAGCCAGAGAGGAGGAGCAAAGGCUGGCAGACAUCGCCUCUGACAUGCUGCUGCAGUAUAUGGGGAGGAAGCAACAACCGUACAUGAAGCCCCGACAGAAGAGCAGCAUGGGGGCCAAUGGCAACACGGCCGAGGACAAGCGCUCCGAGGAGGUCAUCACAGACGAUGACGACCUGGACCAGCAAAUGAUUGACAGGCUGAUUGAGAUCAGCAGCAAGCUGCACUUGCCUGCUGAUGACGUGGUUGAGAUAAUCAGUGACGUGGAGGAGAAGAAGAAGAAAAGGAAAGAGUUACAGCAGCAGCCAUCUAACAUCAAUCCCGUUGCCCCGCGCUUCCGGCCUCUGGUACCUCCUCCUCUUGCUGCCCCACCUAUCUACCACUACACAGCCUCAAAAAACCCCAAGAAAGUCCCUUACACAUACAAGUCCAACAAGAAAUGGCACAAGGACAAGGUCAAGUCUUAUAAGCAGGACUAUUGGUAUAAGCCUCAGAAGCAGCUUGACUACUGGUACAAACCACAGAAACAGUUUUUAGCCUUCCCCUCCUAUCCAUAUUACCAAAAGCCAUAUCGAGCAUACUACCCCGUUUAUUUCCCAUAUCCCAAACCACGUUACUAUGGUAAGCCUCCCCCCCCCAGAGACCAGCCAUUCGGCCCCCAGGACCUGGACCUCCAGGCCCCAAGGCGCAGGCUCAGAGCUGGGGGAAAGGGCCGUGGACAGAGCUGGAGGCAGCAGCCAUCACCACGCCUGCCUCUCACCCCUUAUAUCUCUAACUAUAUCCUUCCUCACCCACGGACCUACCAACCCCUACCUCCCCCAAAACCCAUAACCACGGCCAGGAGAGGCAGGCGACCCCCCUACUACUACCCACAAGUCACACCGGGAGAUGACUAUGAGGAAGACGGGCUGGUGCCUCAGCUGGACAGUGAGGAGGAACUGGAGAACUUUAUUGAGAGGAUCUACAUGAAACGCAGAAUGUAUUAA